CUUUAAAAGGACAUAAGUUGAAUGCUUUAAAUUCACAUAUUCACAUGUCAAAUAGUGGUAGCUGGAUAUGAAAAGCAAAGAAAAAAUGGGCUUGCAAGUAGAAAACAUCCUACACAUGAAUACAGGCAAUGGAGAAUCAAGCUAUGCCCAGAACUCCUUUCUACAGGAAAUGGUGAUACGGAAAACAUUGCCGGUUUUUGAGCAUACAAUCAAGGGUAUGGCUGAUCUUGACAUCGAUGUCUUUGGACAGUGUUUCAAGAUAGCAGAUUUAGCAUGCUCCUCUGGUAGAAAUACACUCUUGUUCGCAAGAACGAUUAUGGAUAUAGUCGAUGAGGUGUGCAAAGAAUAUGAUCGUAAGGGACCACAAUUCGAAGUGUGCUUAAAUGAACUUUAUGGUAAUGAUUUCAAUACCAUUUUCGGAAUGUUACCCAAUUUUAUUGCAAAGCUUAAGAAGGAGAAGGGAGAAAAUUUUGGCCCUUCUUUUGUUUCAGCAGUUCCAGGUUCCUUUUAUGGCAGACUCUUCCCUGACCAAAGUUUGCACCUAGUUCACUCCUCUUACAGUGUUCAUUGGCUUUCUCAGCUACCUGAAGGCCUCGAGAACAACAAAGCAAAUAUAUACAUGUCGAAAACAAGUCCUCCAAAUGUGAUCCAAGGAUAUCAAAAGCAGUUUUAUUCAGACUUCACAAACUUCUUAAACCUACGGUCCGAGGAAAUAGUAUGUGGGGGGCGUAUGGUUUUAACAUUUCUUGGUCGGAGUAUUGCUGAUCCAACUAGUGAUGACUGCUGUCGUCUCUAUGAGCUUCUAGCACAAUCACUUCUUGAUAUGCUUGAAGAGGGUCUAGUUCAAGAAUCAGAUAUUAACUUAUUCAAUCUGCCAUUUUAUACUCCGUGCGAGGAUGAAGUAAGGAAUUUUAUUCAGAACGAGGGAUCAUUUGCUAUUGAAACCUUAUAUGGUUUUCAAGGCAACUGGGAUCCAUAUGAUACGGACUACACAAAUAAGAACGAUCUUAAGGAGGACAGCCGCGAACACGGGAAGAACGCAUCAAACGCUUUUAGAGCUGUUGCAGAACCGUUAUUGACAUCUCAUUUCGGGAAUUCCAUAAUUGAUGUGUUGUUUAACAAGUUUGAAAGGCAUGUGGCGGAGCAUCUAGCUAAUAAGAAAACAAGAUACUUCAAUAUAUUAAUUUCAUUGACUAGAAAAUGAACCAACAAUGUUUCAAAUUAAAACU